AAACAACAAUCUCGAGCAACUUUGGACGAACUCGCCCACCGUACUCGAUACCCUUUCCCCUCUCAUCUCCCUAUGAUGUUUUUCUUUUUCUUUCUAACUUUUAGCUACUAUAGCUAAGUUUGGACCUUCAUUUUGCAGUGCCUUUACACAGGCAGUCGUUCUAUUUUUUUCGUUUUCCAUCAUGUUCACGACCACCGGUUCCCGAGGGCUCGAUAAGGCCCCCCUGUCUAAAGGUCUCCUCCUGGUCCUCAGUGGUCUGACUGUCGUGCUAACCCUCCUGCCACAGUACCAUCACCUGUUCACCUACAGCCUGCAGUCCAUCACGCAGCAGCACCAGGUAUGGCGGUUAGUGUGUGGCAGACUGAUCUGUCUGGACCUAAAGGACACCUUCUGCAACAGUCUGCUCAUCUACAACUUCCGCAUCUUGGAGAGACGGUUCGGCAGCAGAAAGUUUGCUUCCUUCCUGUUUGGGACGUGGGUACUCACUGCACUGGUGGACUUCCUGCUGGCCGAAGCAUUUCACUACCUGUUUGACUACCAGGUGGCUGAGCUGCCUGCCGGACUGCUAGGCCCAGUGUUCAGCCUGUUUGUACCUUUCUACUCCUCCAUCCCCAAGGUUCCAGUCACUCAACUCCUUGGUCAGAUCUCCAUAACUAACAAGUCCCUGGUUUACAUUGUAGGCCUGCAGGUAUGUAGAGUUACAUAGUGUUCAGCAUGGUGGGGGUCAGUGGUUAAUAUGUAGAGUUACAUAGUGUUCAGCAUGGUGGGGGGUCAGUGGUUAAUAUGUAGAGUUACAUAGUGUUCAGCAUGGUGGGGGUCAGUGGUUAAUAUGUAGAGUUACAUAGUGUUCAGCAUGGUGGGGGGGUCAGUGGUUAAUAUGUAGAGUUACAUAGUGUUCAGCAUGGUGGGGGGGUCAGUGGUUAAUAUGUAGAGUUACAUAGUGUUCAGCAUGGUGGGGGGGUCAGUGGUUAAUAUGUAGAGUUACAUAGUGUUCAGCAUGGUGGGGGUCAGUGGUUAAUAUGUAGAGUUACAUAGUGUUCAGCAUGGUGGAGGGGUCAGUGGUUAAUAUGUA